CCGUCAAACGAAUUGUCCUAAGCGGCAUUUGUUUUGAUUUGCGAUUUAUUGGUUUUAUCGAAUUUCAAUUUGUUUUGUCGAUAUAAAACGUUGGUGUGCUAAGUUCAAGAUGGACGGGGAUUUGUAUGAUGAGUUUGGGAACUACAUUGGGCCGGAUUUAGAGUCGGAUUCUGAAGAUGAGCAGAGCGUGUACGGUGGGGACAAUCGGGACGCUGAUGAGGAUGCUAUGGAAGAAGAUGAGGACGCGGACGCGGAGCCCGAGGUGGCGCCUAUGUCCGUCGUGCUACAUGAGGACAAAAGGUACUACCCACAAGCAGUGGAAGUGUAUGGUCCAGAUGUAGAAACCGUGGUUCAGGAGGAAGACACACAGGCUUUGGACAAGCCGUUGGUGGAGCCGAUUAAACACAAGAACUUUCAAGUGCAAGAACAGCAGCUACCAGAGACCAAGUACGACAUGGAGUACCUUGCUGAUAUGCUGGAUAAUACAAAUUUGAUGAGGAAUGUCACACUCAUGGGACAUUUGCAUAAUGGCAAAACAUCAUUUGUGGACUGCCUAAUGCGUCAGACCCAUCCUGGCACAAUAAACAAUGAGACAACAAUCCCUAUGAGAUAUACGGACACAUUAUUUGUCGAGCAAGAGCGCGGAGUCUCCAUCAAGGGUAUGCCAGUCACUUUGCUGCUCAAAGACAUCAAGGGAAAGUCUCACUUGCUGAACAUCAUGGACACCCCAGGUCAUGUCAACUUUAGCGAUGAGGUCACCGCUGCUUUGAGGAUUUCUGAUGGCGCAGUACUAUUCGUGGACGCGGCAGAAGGCAUAAUGCUGAAUACUGAGCGUCUACUCCGUCACGCCGUCCAAGAGAGAGUGCCUCUCACACUCUGCAUCAAUAAGAUUGAUCGUCUAAUCCUUGAAUUGAAGCUACCGCCAGCGGACGCGUACUACAAAUUGCGACACAUCAUUGAUGAGUUGAAUUCCAUGUUGGAGACCAACCAGCCGCAGGAUAAUCCUGACGAACCGCCUAUUAUGUUCUCGCCGUUGCUUGGUAACGUGUGCUUCGCGUCAUCACUCUACGACGUGUGUUUCACCCUGGAGUCGUUCGCGGCGAUGUACGCGCAGGCGCACCCCGACUCCGGCCUCCGGGCCAAGGACAUGUCGGCCUGGCUGUGGGGCGACGUGUACUUCAACAACAAGACCAGGAGGUUCACCAAGAAGCAACCGCAUGCUUCCGCCCAGAGGAGCUUUGUCGAGUUUAUUUUGGAGCCCCUCUAUAAGAUCUUUGCUCAGGUGGUAGGUGACGUGGAUGACACCCUACCAGCAGUUCUUCAGGAGCUGGGCAUCCGGCUGACUAAACAGGAGGCUCGUAUCAACGUGCGCCCGCUGCUGCGUCUCGUGUGCAGCAGGUUCUUCGGGGACUUCUGCGGCUUUGUGGAGCUAGUGGUCCGUCAUGUCCCGUCGCCACUGGACGCGGCGCCGCGUAAGGUGGCCCACACUUACCGCGGCGCAUCAGGGCCGCUGUAUGACGACAUGAUCACCUGCGACCAGUCGGGACGACUAGUCGCGCACACCACCAAGAUGUAUCCCACUGACGACUGCACUUUCUUCUUGGUAUUAGCGCGUAUAAUGUCAGGCACGUUAUAUGCGGGGCAGACGGUGCGAGUGUUGGGGGAGAACUACAGCACGCAGGACGAAGAGGAUUCACGGAUAAUGAACGUGGGCAGACUCUGGAUAUACGAGGCCCGGUAUAAGGUGGAAUUGAACCGAGUGCCAGCGGGCUGCUGGGCGCUGAUAGAGGGCAUCGACCAGCCCAUAGUGAAGACGUGUACCCUGGUGGCGGCGGAGGAAGACCAGGAGCUGCACACGUUCAAGCCGCUGCGGUUCAACACGCAAGCCGUCGUCAAGAUUGCCGUCGAGCCCGUCAACCCCUCCGAGCUGCCCAAGAUGCUGGAUGGACUCAGGAAGGUGAACAAGUCGUACCCGCUGCUGUCGACCCGCGUGGAGGAGAGCGGCGAGCACGUGAUCCUGGGCACCGGCGAGCUGUACCUCGACUGUGUCAUGCACGACCUCAGGAACAUGUACUCCGAGAUCGACAUCAAAGUGGCCGACCCAGUGGUAUCAUUCUGCGAGACAGUAGUAGAGACAUCCUCACUGAAGUGCUUCGCGGAGACGCCCAACAAGCGGAACAAACUGACCAUGAUAGCGGAACCAUUAGAACGAGGGCUGGCGGAGGACAUCGAGGCCGGAGCCGUGUGCGUCACGUGGGACAGGAAGCGGCUAGGGGAGUUCUUCCAGACCAAAUACGACUGGGACUUGCUAGCGGCGCGGUCUAUCUGGGCGUUCGGCCCCGACUCCACCGGACCUAACAUCCUGGUGGACGACACGCUGCCCUCAGAGGUCGACAAACACUUGCUGGCGUCCGUCAAAGACAGCAUUGUACAAGGUUUCCAAUGGGGCACGAGGGAAGGGCCGCUGUGCGAGGAGCCGAUCAGGAACGUAAAGUUCAAGAUCCUCGACGCGGUGAUAGCGCAGGAGCCGCUGCACAGGGGCGGCGGGCAGAUUAUACCCACUGCCAGGCGGGUGGCGUAUUCAGCGUUUCUUAUGGCAACCCCGCGGCUGAUGGAGCCCUACUUGUUCGUGGAGGUGCAGGCGCCGGCCGACUGUGUCUCUGCUGUGUACACUGUGCUGGCUAAGAGAAGAGGUCACGUAACACAAGACGCGCCGGUCCCCGGGUCGCCCCUGUACACGAUCAAGGCGUUCGUGCCGGCGAUAGACUCAUUCGGCUUCGAGACGGACCUGCGCACGCACACGCAGGGACAGGCCUUCUGUCUGCAGGUGUUCCACCACUGGCAGAUUGUCCCCGGCGAUCCCUUGGACAAGAGUAUCGUUAUCAGGCCCCUGGAACCGCAGCCAGCGACGCACUUGGCGCGAGAGUUCAUGAUCAAGACAAGACGACGCAAGGGCCUUAGUGAAGACGUGUCUAUCAACAAGUUCUUCGACGACCCUAUGUUGUUGGAGCUCGCCAGGCAAGACGUACAGUUGAUGAAUUAAUUAAUAAUAAACCUUUGUCUAUAGUGUGUAUUUUAAUAUUUCAUUCCACCAGUAAUAAAUGAAAUAAGAAAUUCUUA